GACGUGCGGGCGGCCAACAUGAACCUCAUAGUGAAGCUGGGUGAGCUCAUGGGGGGCCAGCUGUUCACGUACGCGGGCAACAUGCCGCUGCCCAGCAGGAUGCGGUUGAAGGAGAUGAUAAAGACGCACGGAGUUCUGAAUGGAUCAGCGUCCCAGGAGUUCGGUGCUGCGCUCUGA